ACCAGCCUACAUUUCCGUUUGACAUUGCAAUCUUGAUUCAAUUUGAAUUUUUUUUAAAUUAACAAAUUGAGAUGGCAGACAUUGAGGAUACUCAUUUUGAAACUGGUGACUCUGGUUCUUCAGUUACAUACCCUAUGCAAUGCUCUGCAUUGCGUAAGAACGGUUUUGUUAUGCUAAAGGCUCGUCCUUGUAAAAUAGUGGAAAUGUUAACUUCAAAGACUGGUAAACACGGACAUGCCAAGGUUCACUUGGUUGGACUGGAUAUUUUUAAUGGAAAGAAAUACGAAGAUAUUUGCCCCUCUACUCACAACAUGGAUGUACCAUUUGUAAAGCGUGAAGAUUAUCAGUUAACCGAUAUUUCCGAUGAUGGCUACUUGUGUCUGAUGUCUGACAACGAUGAUCUGCGUGAGGAUUUGAAAGUGCCAGAUGGUGAAAUCGGGCAACAACUCAAUUAGUCUCUAGGGCAUGAA